UUCUCCCGUUCGCUUUAUGUCACCUCACAUCAGAUCCAAUUCCAAACUCCCAAGUCGUCCGUAGAGGUAGAGCCGACCAACCACUGUAUUUUAUUCCCCUUCCCCACUCCGCCCAACACACACACAAAAGAACAAUUCAACCCCAACACAACACAAACCGUUGCCUUGUUUCAUUGCUUAGUUUAGACUUUAGAAAAAGAAAAGAAGCCCCUGAGCUGAAAUCGUCGCAAUCAAUUCAUACACACUGCGAGGGACUUGCUGAUGAUUUCAUGACUUAAACGAUGAGAUGGACGGGUUAAGAAGCUUACCCAUCUACGCUUCUUUCUUCUCUACUUUUGUUUGCAAGUACACCAACCCGGCGUUGAUAAGUCAGACUCAGUCUCACCAAACGCCGUCGUUUGUUUUUCACCGACCAUGAUCACCGUUUUCCUUGGAACCUUUAAAAAAUCUCAGCUCCAGAUUGUCUUCUUUCUAGCUAAUGGACCCUGCCACCGCUCGUCCUGCUGUAGUCAUUGAUAAUGGCACUGGGUACACGAAAAUGGGUUUUGCCGGAAAUGUAGAGCCCUGUUUUAUAGUUCCAACAGUAGUUGCAGUAAAUGAGUCAUUUGUUAACCAGCCUCGACCAAGGUCUACGAAGGGUAGCAAUUGGCUGGCGCAGCAUAGCGCAGGAGUCAUGGCGGAUCUAGAUUUCUGUAUAGGAGAAGAGGCCUUGGCUAGAUCUAAAUCUAGCAGCACUUACAAUUUGAGCUAUCCCAUUAAGCAUGGCCAGGUGGAGAAUUGGGAUGCAAUGGAGAGGUUCUGGCAGCAAUGUAUAUUUAAUUAUUUACGUUGUGAUCCAGAGGAUCACUACUUUCUGUUGACAGAGAGCCCAUUGACUGCUCCAGAGAGCAGGGAGUAUACUGGCGAGAUCAUGUUUGAGACAUUUAAUGUUCCAGGGCUCUAUAUUGCGGUGCAGCCUGUGCUCGCUUUGGCUGCUGGAUAUACGACAUCGAAGUGUGAGAUGACAGGAGUUGUAGUGGACGUGGGUGAUGGGGCUACUCAUGUUGUGCCUGUUGCAGAUGGUUAUGUUAUUGGGAGCAGCAUUAAGUCAAUUCCAAUUUCAGGGAAAGAUGUCACUCGGUUCAUCCAGCAGCUCAUGAGAGAAAGAGGAGAGCAUGUUCCACCUGAGGAUUCCUUUGAAGUAGCCCGGAAAGUAAAGGAAAUGUAUUGCUAUACUUGUUCCGACAUUGUCAAGGAGUUCAACAAGCAUGACAAAGAGCCAGCAAAAUACAUUAAGCAGUGGAGAGGUACUAAGCCAAAGACGGGGGCCCCAUAUUCUUGCGAUGUAGGCUAUGAACGGUUCCUUGGCCCUGAGGUCUUCUUCAACCCUGAAAUUUACAGUAGCGAUUUUUCAACCCCUUUGCCCGAUGUCAUUGAUAAAUGUAUUCAGUCUGCACCAAUAGAUACAAGAAGAGCCUUGUAUAAGAAUGUCGUAUUAUCUGGAGGAUCAACCAUGUUCAAAGACUUCCACAGAAGGUUGCAGAGGGAUCUAAAAAAGAUUGUUGAUGCUCGAGUGCUAGCAUCUGAUGCUAGGCUUGGGGGACAACAAAAGGCACAGCCUGUGGAAGUAAAUGUUGUCAGCCAUCCUAUCCAAAGAUAUGCGGUUUGGUUUGGAGGUUCAGUACUUGCAUCCACUCCUGAGUUUUUCACGGCUUGCCAUACAAAAGCAGAAUAUGAGGAAUGUGGAGCGAGCAUAUGCCGCACAAACCCAGUGUUUAAGGGAAUGUACUGAGACAAAAACCAGCAAAAUUGGUGGUUACAAAGGCAAUUUUCAGCCCAGUCAGAAUGGGAACUUAACGAUACAGACAACAUCCCCUUGUGUUUUUCAUGUAUGUCACCGGUUAGAUUGCAGUAGGCAAUGUACAAUAGGUUCUUGUAUUCUUUCAAAGGGAAAAUUUAUUUGGAGCAGGUGCCACCCACCGUUUUUCCAUCGGACUAGUCGAGAUUGGAUAUGACAUGGAUAUUCCUUUUAUUGGACAAUAAUUCUUGUAUAAUCGGGUAGGGUUACAGCAAGAUCACCAUACCCCGCCAGAAAGAUCAAUUGUAUAAGUUGAAUACAUGUAUCGGUACAUACACUUGUACAUCUCAACCACCUCGUCAAUGAUCGUAUAUUUUGGAUGAACGGUUUUGUAUUGCCAUGAAUUGAUUUGUUUUCUGUAGUCAAUGUAAUGUCAUUUUAGUA